UGCACCAAGGCUUCGAGCUCGUCUGGUCUUCCUCAGUACAGACUCCAUUUUUUCCGUUCUCUUGAAAUUCUUCGUCAUUUCUCAGAUCUCUCGAUCUCUCUCCUUCUUUUGAACAACUGCGGUUUUUUUAUGGUUAAAGUCAGUUUCUGCCUCGAGCAAUGACAGUUCUGGUGGAUCUGAUCUGAUCUCUCGAGAUCUAUUAGUGGAUUUGUCUACGAUCGGAAUCCGUUUAGGACAAUUUGAUAGAAAUCGAUGGAGUGGGCGACGUUGCAGCAUCUGGAUCUCCGGCAUGUUGGCCGCAGCUCGAAGCCCUUUCAGCCUCAUGCCGCUUCAUUUCACCCCACUCAAGCGAUUGUCGGCGUCGCCAUCGGAACCUAUAUCAUGGAAUUUGAUGCGUAUACUGGUAGCAAGAUCGCAUCUAUCGACGUUGGUGCGCCGGUUGUUCGGAUGUCCUACAUUCCUACGGGUGGUAAUGCUGUGGUUGCUAUACUCGAGGAUUGUACAAUUCGAUCAUGUGAUUUUGACAGUGAGCAAACAUGCGUGUUGCAUUCACCUGAAAAGAGGAUGGAACAAAUUUCAUCUGAUACAGAAGUCCAUCUUGCUUUGACCCCUCUACAACCCAUAGUUUUUUUUGGCUUCCAUCGCAGGAUGAGUGUUACAGUUGUUGGAACAGUUGAAGGGGGAAGAGCACCAACAAAGAUAAAGACAGAUCUGAAAAAACCCAUAGUCAAUCUUGCUUGCCAUCCUCGUCUGCCUGUGUUGUACGUUGCUUAUGCGGAUGGUUUAAUUCGGGCUUACAACAUUCAUACGUAUGCUGUUCAUUACACUUUACAACUUGAUAAUACUAUUAGACUCAUUGGUGCUGGCGCAUUUGCAUUUCAUCCAACUUUGGAAUGGGUUUUCAUUGGCGAUAGACGGGGAACACUGCUGGCAUGGGAUGUCUCCACUGAGAGACCUAGCAUGAUUGGGAUCAUCCAGGUGGGUUCCCAACCAAUCACAUCCAUUGCUUGGAUGUCAAAGGUGCGGCUACUCGUCACUCUAUCAAGGGAUGGAGCUCUUCAAGUGUGGAAAACACGAGUGAUACUUAAUCCUAACAGACCUCCAAUGCAAGCUAACUUUUUUGAGCCUGCUGCAAUCGAAUCACUUGAUAUACCUCGUAUUCUCUCUCAGCAAGGCGGAGAGGCAGUUUACCCUCUUCCCCGAAUUAAAUCCAUAGAAAUUCACUCAAAACUGAAUUUAGCUGCAUUGCUUUUUGCAAACAUGGCAGGUGGAGAAAAUCAGAAAAAUAGAGCUAUGUACACUAGGGAAGGAAGGAAGCAACUCUUUGCAGUUCUGCAAGGUGCAAGAGGAUCUUCAGCAUCUGUUUUGAAGGAAAAGCUUUCUUCCCUUGGUUCAUCCGGAAUUUUAGCUGACCAUCAGCUCCAGGCGCAACUACAAGAGCAGCAUUUGAAAGGCCAAAAUCAUCUCACAAUAUCAGACAUUGCACGGAAAGCUUUCCUUUACAGUCAUUUCAUGGAAGAGCAUGCCAAAAGUACUCCAAUGUCACGUUUACCUCUUAUCACUGUUCUAGAUUCCAAGCAUCAUCUGAAAGAUCUUCCUGUGUGCCAGCCAUUUCAUCUGGAGCUAAAUUUCUUCAAUAAAGAGAAUCGAGUUCUUUAUUAUCCUGUCAGGGCAUUUUAUCUAGAGGGUCUUAACCUUAUGGCAUAUAAUCUCUGUUCAGGAGUAGAUAACAUUUACAAGAAGCUUUACAUCUCGAUUCCUGGGAAUGUAGAACUCCAUCCAAAAUACUUGCUCCACAGCAAAAAGCAGCACCUGUUCCUUGUUGUAUAUAAGUUAAGUGGCACCACACAUGAAGUAGUUCUUUAUUGGGAAAACACUGAUUCUCUGUCAGCUAAUAGUAAAGCAAGCACAGUGAAGGGUAAGGAUGCUGCAUUUAUUGGACCCAAUGAAAAUCAAUUUGUAAUUCUUGACGAGGACGAGACUGGACUUGGUUUAUAUAUUCUUCCGGGAGGAGCUUCACAACAGGUUGAUGAGAAGAAUGGUGCAGAAGAUCAAGGCCAGUCAGUAGAUGUUAAUGUUGGUUCAGUGAAAGGACCCGUGGAAUUUCUUUUUGAAACUCAAGUUGAUCGCAUCUUUUCAACCCCAAUAGAAUCAACCAUGAUGUUUGCUACUCAUGGGGACCAGAUUGGCCUGGCAAAACUUGUUCAGGGUUACCGCGUUUCAAAUGCUAAUGGUCAUUAUAUACCAACCCAGGGUGAAGGAAGAAAAUCGAUCAAGUUGAAAAUAAAUGAGAUUGUACUUCAGGUUCACUGGCAAGAAACUCUUCGAGGUUAUGUUGCAGGAAUAUUAACAACUCAAAGAGUUCUAAUUGUGUCAGCAGAUCUAGAUAUACUGUCAAGCAGCUCUACAAAGUUUGAUAAAGGACUUCCUUCAUUUAGAUCCCUUCUCUGGGUUGGACCUGCAUUAUUGUUUUCAACUGCCACUGCCAUUAGUGUGCUUGGGUGGGAUGGAAGAGUGAGGACAAUUCUUUCCAUUAGUAUGCCCAAUGCAGUGCUGGUUGGUGCAUUGAAUGAUCGUUUGUUGCUUGCAAACCCAACAGAGGUAACUCCCAAACAAAAAAAGGCAGUUGAGAUAAAGAGUUGUCUUGUCGGGCUUCUUGAACCUCUUCUUAUUGGAUUUGCCACAAUGCAAGAGAGUUUUGAACAGAAGCUAGAUCUGUCAGAGAUACUGUACCAAAUAACAUCCAGGUUUGACAGUUUGCGCAUAACUCCGCGAUCUCUGGAUAUUCUCUCUAGAGGUUCUCCAGUUUGUGGAGAUCUUGCUGUAGCACUAUCUCAAUCAGGUCCACAGUUUACUCAGGUGCUACGUGGAAUCUAUGCAAUCAAUGCGCUCCGAUUUUCUAUUGCGCUGUCUGUUUUAAAGGAUGAGUUUUUGCGUUCCAGAGACUAUCCACAAUGCCCUCCAACCUCUCAUUUGUUUCAACGAUUUCGCCAGUUGGGAUAUGCCUGUAUCAAGUAUGGUCAAUUUGACAGUGCAAAAGAAACUUUUGAAGUAAUCUCAGAUUAUGAAAGCAUGCUUGACCUAUUCAUAUGCCACCUUAACCCUAGUGCAAUGAGGCGCCUUGCUCAGAACCUGGAGGAAGAGGGUGCUGAUUCCGAGUUGAGACGAUAUUGUGAAAGAAUACUAAGGGUCCGUUCUACUGGAUGGACACAAGGUAUUUUUGCCAAUUUUGCUGCUGAAAGCAUGGUUCCUAAAGGACCAGAAUGGGGUGGAGGUAAUUGGGAAAUCAAGACACCUGCCAACUUAAAGGCUAUACCACAGUGGGAACUGGCUGCAGAGGUUAUGCCAUACAUGAAAACAGAUGAAGGGACUAUACCAUCCAUUGUAACUGAUCAUAUUGGUAUUUAUCUGGGCUUAAUAAAGGGAAGAGGUAAUGUUGUAGAAGUAAGGGAAGACAGUUUGGUCAAGGCACUUAAGCCUGUAGCUACUGAUGCCAGAGCAAAUGCCCUUCAUGUUCCUCUUGGUACAUCCAUGUCUAACAAAUCAAAGGUGGUGGCUGAGGGUGAUUCCCUGUUGGGCUUAGAAACUCUUACCAAGCAACCUGUAGGCACCAGUGCUGCAGAUGAACAGGCAAAGGCUGAAGAAGAGUUUAAAAAAUCACUAUAUGGCACUGCUGAUGGUAGCAGCAGUGAUGAGGAGGAAAAUUCAAAGGCUAAGAAAAUACGCAUUAGAAUCCGAGAAAAACCUGUUGAGUCUACUACAGUGGAUGUCAAUAAGAUCAAAGAAGCCACAAAGCAGUUUAAGCUCGGUGAUGGACUUGGCCCACCAAUAAGCAGGACCAAAUCUUUAACUGGUAUAUAUCCAGAUCUUGGCCUGAGUUUCCCUCAACCUACUCCUGCAACCACUGGAGCUGUUACAGGUGCCCCACUUCCUGCCCCUGUUGAUCCUUUUGGAAUUGAUUCAUUAGCUCAACAUGCACCUGUGUCAGAGACUGGCCCUAUGGUUGCGGGCAUUGGAGCUGGGCCAAUUCCAGAGGACUUUUUUCAGAAUACAAUAUCAUCGCUCCAGGUUGCACAAUCACUGCCUCCACCUGGGACUUACCUUUCAAGGAUGGAUCAGAAUUCUCAAGGGGUUGAAACCAACAUGGCUGCACCUGACCAGGUUGGUGUACCUGUAUCUAAUUUUGGUCUACCUGAUGUUGGCAUUCCCCCUCAAGCUUCUUCGCAACCUCUAUCACUUGAUUCUGUUGGACUUCCAGAUGGUGGAGUCCCUCCACCUGUGGCUCAGCCUGUUGUGCCAGGGUCUCAGAUUCAGGUAGCUCAGGUAUUAACCUCCACUCAGCCCCUCGAUCUUAGCUCACUCGAACCUCCAGGUUCUGUAAAUCUGGGACAACCUCCUGCACAUCCAGCUUCACCAAAAACUGUGCGUCCUGGACAAGUUCCUCGUGGGGCUGCUGCUUCAGUUUGUUUUAAGACUGGACUUGCCCACCUUGAUCAGAAUCAACUCCCAGAUGCAUUAUCCUGUUUUGAUGAAGCUUUCCUGGCACUGGCCAAGGAUCAUUCUCGUGGAGCCGACAUCAGAGCUCAAGCCACAAUCUGUGCUCAGUAUAAGAUUGCAGUUACUCUCCUUCAGGAAAUUGGGAGACUGCAAAAAGUCCAAGGACCUAGUGCCAUCAGUGCAAAAGAUGAGAUGGCAAGGCUCUCACGCCAUCUGGGAUCAUUACCUCUUCAAGCAAAACAUCGUAUAAAUUGCAUUCGAACUGCCAUUAAAAGGAAUAUGGAGGUGCAAAAUUAUGCUUAUUCCAAGCAGAUGCUUGAGCUCCUCCUGUCUAAAGCACCUCCAACCAAGCAAGAUGAGUUGAGAAGCCUGAUCGACAUAUGUGUUCAGCGAGGUUCAUCCAACAAAUCCAUUGAUCCUUUAGAGGAUCCCUCCCAGUUCUGUGCAGCCACACUUAGCCGUCUGUCAACUAUUGGACAUGAUGUUUGCGAUCUCUGCGGGGCCAAAUUUUCUGCACUUACAUCCCCUGGCUGCAUUAUAUGUGGUAUGGGAAGCAUUAAAAGAUCAGAUGCACAUACAGGACCUAUUGCUUCACCAUUCAGCUGAGAAUUGUUCCAACACCUAAACGCAGAAGCUGAUUAACCUCUGGCAAAUUUUGUUUCACAUGCUGUGGAGUCCCCACAUCCCUCUCUUUCUAUAUCACCCUUUGCCACUGAAUUCUCAUAGAAAUGUUGUUUAUUUAACGGGUAAAAAGGGAGAGGAAAGGGGUCUGCUGAUAGGUGCCGUGUAUUAUUUCUUCUCUAGUAGAUGAGAAUCUUGCCUACCAAUUUGCUUGCGUGCUUGUGUUCUUCUCUCAUAGGAUGCGUAUUUCUUCUCUGAUAGAUGUGUAUUCCAAUAUUCUUCGCAUGCCUCUCCUUUCUGAUUCGACAAUUAUUUGUACUA